AUGGUUCAAACUUGCAUUGUGAACGGAUGUAAAAAAGAGGCAUAUCCCAGUUGUGGGCUGUCCUUUCACAGCUUGGCGCCGAAAUUCACUUCGGGUCCAUCGGUCGACAUAUCGUGUCACUUUGUCAGCAAUUAUUCUUUGCCAAUGUUAAGAGAAAAUGAUACCCUGCCAGUUAGAUCUAUAUUUUUCAUAGAACCAUCUUGUGUUAGUAAUUUAACAUCAAGACAAUCUUGUGCAAUUGAAUCAGCUGCUAACUCUAACCCGAAUUGGCAGAUCAACGUCAUAAUUUCAGGAAUGUCUUUUCAGACAGUAGAUAAUCUGACACAAUUUAAGAAUUCGAAGAACAUAAAAUUCUGGAAAAUUAAUAUCGAAGAUUUUUCAAAAGAGACUCCGUACGAAGAAUUGGUAACUAGUGGAAUUUUGAAAAGAUGUCUUUGGGGUGUCGAACGGACGCUGGACAUAUUAAAAUAUUUAUUGCUACGAAAAUGGGGUGGAAUAUAUAUUGACUUAGAUAUGAUUGUAGCAAGACCUUUGGGAUCGUUAGCGAGGAAUUGGGCAACGCGAGAAAAUGAGGAAGAGAUAGCUGAUGGAAUUAUUGGAUUUUCCAAAGACAAAAUAGGCAGAAUUGUUGCAGAAUCUGCCAUGCGAAAUAUUUUAUCAAAUUUAAAAAAUAAUAAUUUGUGUAAGAGCCAUCGUCUACAAAUAAUCAAUGGAAUUCUUCAAGGCCUGUGUUCGACGCCCGAUGCCAAAUUCAUGUCUUCCGCAACUUGUAAUGGAUUCGAAGUAUACGGAUCACAGUUCUUCUAUCCUAUUCUAAAAGAGGGUGCCCAGGAUUUCUUUAAGCCAGGAGAAAUAAGAAAUCAUAAUGCUUACACUUAUUAUCUAGGGGGACAUGAUACUAAAGGGUACAAGGCGAAGAAAACUUCACCCUUAAACAAAUUGGCAAAGAAAUAUUGUCCUAAAACUUAUGUACUAUAUAGCAACGAUUUUGGCUUAUAA